AUGACUUCGACACCCUCGUCCGCGCCAAACCCUGCGUUUGACCCGCCAAGACGGGCCUUUGGGUCGAUCCCGCGGUCGAACGGUUCAGGUCGUCCCGGUUCCGCAUCCCCCACUCCUCCUGGUUCCUCGACCCAUCUACCCCUCCCUCACCGGCCAGAUUCCAAUCGGACUCGCUCAGGCUCAUCGGCAUCGGUCAACUCUUUCGAGCGAGAACGGGAAACCCUAUUCGCAGCGGCCGAUAAGGGCAUCACAUGGCUGUCAGCGUGGGCGCCAAAGGGGGAAGGGAGAACGCGGCAGUUCCUGGAGAGCAGUCUGAGCGGAGUCGCUACUGUGGCGAAUACGGUGGGGACUGGAGUACAGGGCGCAGUCAGGCGGGAAGGGCGGAUGAGCAGACCGCUCAGCUUCUCCGCAGGCAGUCCGACGGAUCUCACAGCCGCGAUGCUAGCCAAUCCUCCGCCUAUAGAGAGCGGACGCCGGUUUAGUAUGCACGCUCCGAGGCCACAGCACUCCCUCUCGACACCGGCGAUAAUCACCACUCAAUCUCCGGAACCCGCACCCGCGCCGCGGCGACCCCCUCAACCCAGUAACCUCGCCAGAUUGGGGCCGGCUGAUACAGGAAUGGGCCCACCUCCCGCUUCCUCCGCACGGCCCGGCUCGUCAAGCACAAACAGCGCCCCCAGCGUCCCUCGGUCAGCUUCCAUGUCGGGUCCGAGCGGACUGGGCCCGCACGGAUCAUCAGGGCUCAACCCAAACGCCCCUGCUUCUCGAGGAUCAGUAUCGCACGUCCGCUCUCCCUCCUUCAACAGUAUCAGUCGUACUCCUACCUUAUCACGGUCUAGCUCAAAUGCUGCUGCAGCGAAUGGUCUCACUCGGUCAGCUGGGAUGCCCUACAAGAUUGGCUUCCAGCCAGCUGGGGUCAGGAGCGAUAAGAGUGGGGCGUUCAUGGAAGCCAGGCAGAAAGCUGGCGUAGAGCGAGAGAAGGAAGAGGGCCGGCUGGGAAGGCGAUGGGCAAAGCUCGUCGAUCUGCAUUUCAAUCCCACUACCCAAGUCCCUACAUUAUCGUCGUCCGCCUCGUCUGCCUCCCUCACCGCGUCCACCGACCCCAAACCCCUUGCGCUACCACGAUCGGCUUCUUCCCGCCGAUCACUUAUUUCGAUGGACGGUGCGCUCGACGCUCUCAACCCCCGAGAGGUGUGGAAGGGCCUCAGAUCUGCUACAGCUGCGCCUGGCUCGGCGGAAGAGCACAGAAAGAGGGCGGAGGAACAGGCGAUCGUCAAGUGGGAGGAUGACAAGGAGGCUAAGCGGUGCCGGAUAUGCUCGUCGACAUUCUCCCUGUCGAAUCGCAAGCACCACUGUCGCAUGUGCGGCCGUAUUGUCUGUUCUCUCCCACCUACCAAUCCUGCCCUUCUCGCUGUUCAGAUCCAACUCUUCGCUCCCGCAGAUCCCUCCUCCGCUUCAGAUCCAGCCUCGACCGCACAAGCAGCACUCCCGCCAGGCACACGAAGGGAAAAGUGUUCUUUGCUGCUCGUCGCGGACUGGAAGAGUGGGAGAGGAGAAGAAGUGGAAGAAGGGUUCGUGGGGUGGAUGAAUGUCGGUGAUGGGAAGGGGGACGAGGAUGGCUUGAGAAGAGAAAGGAGGAAGAGCCUCGCCAGCUCGAUCUCGUCCAUGUCGAUAGCGGAGUCGGGGAGUAGUAAGGACGACGGCCGCCUGGUGCCUCUGCCGCAGCAGCCAAAGGAGGUGCAGAUCAAGGGGCUGCGAGCGUGCAGGGAAUGCUGGGCGACAGUCUCACGCAAGCAGAAGAUGCAGGAUCGACAACGAGUAUCCGGCUUCGCAAGGCUAUACGCUGCGCUCAGAACACUUCAGGCGGAGAUCGAAGACGCCAUGGGGGACUUUGAGGCUCAAAUGGACAUCUUGACUGCCUCAUCUGCAUCUGCCGAACCACCACCCCGAUUGCUCAAGCUCCACAAGCAAUUACUGGCGAUGUUUGCCCAGUAUGAACACCUGUCCAAGCGGUUGUCAAGUCUCCCGGCGGAGGAAGGCGGGAGUCAGAGCCUGGUGCAGAGCGCCGUGGCCAGAAGUGGGGCGCUCUUCCUUGCCAAGCAGAUGGCCAAAGUCCAGACCUUACCUCGUAUCCAAAAGAUGAUCGCCGCCGAAAAGCGCAAAUCAAUGCGAAUCGUCGAAACGACACUGGCGGAUCAACUCCGCCUCGAAGGGGUUGAGAACGACCAGGCGGACGAUGUGGCAAUGAUGCUGCAGCCACUUUUGGAGCAGGAGGCGCAGAUCGAGAUGUACAUUGCGGACGCGCAUGCGCAGCGGAAGUAUGAGGAUGGGAAGGCGCUGGGUGAGGCGUUGAGGGAGAUUCAGGCGGAGAUCGGGCGAGUAUCACAGGGGGCAGUCAGCUAG